AUGUCAUGCAAGCAAUCCAGCAAUGAAGUAACCGUAGAGCCGUUGAUUCAACCCCUUCCAAUCCCAAACACUAAGCACAAUAGAGCGCAACGAGAAGAAGUGAGAAGACGCCUUCAAGAACCUCGAGAUUGGAAUUUCUUCUUCACCAACUUUGCUUGGGAAUUCUUCAUGAGACAUCAGAAUUGGAUACCAAUCAUCGAGCGCAGGCUCAUCAACGAUGGCAAUUCCUCUACAUACAUCAAAGAUAAAGUUCAGAUCAGCAAGAAGGCCAUCCGAGAAGUUUUGGGAUGGCCUGAAGUGGAUACAGAUUGGGAUGACGAUGUUAUGAACCUCCCAAUGAAGAAGGAUAUAUGGGAUUCCCUAAGAAAGGUCCUCUGCCACACGCCAAAGUCCUUCAAAUGGACUCUGAAUAAAUAUGGUGACCCUAAGCAGUUACUUUCUAAGGACCUCAAGGAUUAA